AUGAGCACCCAGACGCAAAUAGAGACAAUCGUGCUACAGACAAGAGCUUCCACCGAAGCAAUCCCAGCCGAGAAUGAAACAUUCCAAGACUCAAGAUCCCCCGAAUCAAAAUGGAUGUAUGCCAAAAUCCUCAGCGCGGGAUUAUCCUUCUUCGUCGCGGGGGUCAACGACGGAAGUCUAGGAUCGAUCAUUCCCUACGUGAUACGCACCUACGAUAUCGGAACAAACAUGGUAGCCAUCCUAUACGGCACAACCUUCUUCGGCUGGCUAGUCGCCGCCCUAACCAACGGCAAAAUAACCCAAUACCUAGACCUAGGCCCAAUUCUCAGCCUAGGCGCCGCCAUCCAAGUCCUGGCCCAAGUCCUGCGCAUCUGGGAACCCCCAUUCGCACUGUACGUGGUAACAUUCUUCCUCGCCAGCUUGGGUCAAGCCUACAACGACACCCACGCUAACACCUUCGUCUCGGCGUUGAGCGGCGCGCACCGUUGGCUCGGCUUUAUCCACGCUAUGUACAUGGCCGGGUGUUUGGUUGGCCCUUUCGUAGCGACGGGCGUGGCGUCCGCGAAUGUCGAUUCGAAGUGGUAUCUGUUCUAUCUUUUCCCGCUUGGCGUGGGUGUGGUGAAUCUUGCGUUUGUGGGUGUUUCGUUCCGGGAUCGUAUGGCUACGCCGACUGUCUUGAGGAGUGAGCGGGGAGGUAGAAUUGCUUCGAAUUCUGCGCUCAAGGAGAUCAAGGAUACGCUUUCUACCCCUGGGGUUUGGCUGCUGAGCUGGAUGGUCGAGUACCUUGUCAACGUUCGCAACGGCGACGUCAAAGCGAUAGGUUAUAUCCCAGCCGGCUUCUACGGCGGCGCCUUUCUAGGACGUCUUAUCCUCGCUGAACCUACGCAUAGACUCGGCGAACGACGAAUGAUCUUUUUUUACGCUUUGCUGUGUGUGGGUUUGCAGUUGGUAUUCUGGCUCGUCCCGAAUAUCAUCACCGAGGCAGUAGCUGUCAGUCUAUUGGGAUUCUUCUCUGGUCCUUUCUUCGCAACAGGUAUAUCGGUCGGCUCAAAGAUCUUCUCGCCACAGAUCCGCUCUUCGGCAAUCGCAUUCGUCUUCGUACUCGGUCAAAUCGGUGGAUCGGUCUUUCCCGCUUUGACGGGAAUUAUCGCGGGACAGGUUGGUGUCCAGGUCCUGCAGCCUAUGCUUGUUGGGUUGCUAGGUGCCGCUGGUGUGAGCUGGUUAAUCUUGCCUAAGGAUACUGCGUUGCAUCAAGAUUGA